AUGUCUCAAGUGUCUCAAACAUCACAACAGCAAUCAAAUGUUCAUGACCUCUAUGAACGCCUCGAGACUGUCGGGAGAGGCGCUUAUGGCUCAGUCCACAAGGGGGUGCACCGCCGCACAGGCAACAUCGUAGCUCUCAAGAUCAUCAACCUUGAUACAGCAGAUGACGACGUAGAGUCUAUCCAGAAAGAGGUUGCUCUACUAACUCAACUUCGUGAUGCCCCAAAUGUCACAAAGUACUUUGGCUGCUACCUAGAUGGCCCUCGCGUCUGGAUAGUGAUGGAGUUUGCUCAAGGUGGUAGCGUCCGCACCCUCAUGCAAUCAUCCAAAGAUGGAGUACUCGAGGAAAAGUACAUCGUUCUCAUCGUACGUGAAGUCCUCAUCGCCCUCAGCUAUCUUCACAAAUCCGCCAUCAUGCAUCGCGACAUCAAAGCCGCCAACGUCCUCGUCACCAGCACUGGCAAGGUCAUGCUCUGCGACUUUGGCGUUUCUGCACUCUCCGCUACAGCUAAUACCAAGCGCUACACCCUCAUGGGCACACCUAACUGGAUGGCUCCUGAAGUCGCUCAACAGGUCCCCGUGUACGACAGCAAGGCCGACAUAUGGAGCUUAGGUAUCGUCGUCUACGAGAUGAUCAAAGGUGCUCCACCCCAUGCAGACUUGCGAGAUGUUUUCAAGGUCAUGCAACUCAUCAGUCGGGUUCAGCCCCCGCGCUUGUCGGAGGGAGAAGGGAGUAAGGAUAUGAGGGACUUUGUUGCUAGUUGCUUGCACUACUAA